UACACUCAGAAAAAAUGGUGCUGGUGAUGAAUAUAUAAUAUUUUAAUCAUUCAAUGACCAUCAGUUAAUUGGCAACGAUGAUUUUAUCAACAAUUUUACUAUUAUCAACCAUCUCGAUACUGUCGACAUUGAUUGAACCGGUAAAUCUAGCUGGUUAUUCAUCGAUGGAUUUACAACCAUUAAUUGUUAGACAACGACGAUUAAUAUGGCGUAAACAAUUACAUUUUGAUGAUGUAAAAAAUUGGCAACCAAAUCAAAGAUUUCCAUGUUAUAAAGAUCGUGUUGUGUUGCCAGAAAAUUAUGCCGUUUUUUUGAAUCAACGUCUAGUUGUCACUGAGCUGAUUCUUCCAGAAAAUGGUGAAUUAAUCAUUUCAAAAGAUGGCGGUAUCAUAGAAUUUUCUGCUGAUCAUGAUGAACAAUCACUUGAUGAUGAUGAUGAUGAUAUUGAUUCCGAUUCAAAAUGUCGAUCAAACGAUCCAAUGGAUACAUUAUAUUUCAGUCCAUCAUUAGAAUAUCGACAAACAAAUUCAUGGUUUAAUCCAGAUAAUUGGCAUGUAACAUUUGUUUCAGAUUCAACAAUGAAUAAUCCUCCAAUAACAACAACAACAACUGGUGGUUAUCGUCAAAUAUCAACAUAUGCAACAUUUCAUUAUCAACAAACCGAUAUCGGGCGAAUGAUAAUACCAGAUUCAGAACGUAUACCAUGUCAUCAGGAUUUUGUAGAUUUUCCAACAAAUGGUACAUGGAAAGUUCAAAUUGGCCAGAAAAGUCAUCUGAUACCAUCAUUAGGACGAUUGAUGAUUGGAACACAAUUUCCGUUAUUUCAAACGGAAAAAUUGCAAAAAUUUUUUCAAUCAUUUAUUGGACAAAUGUUAUUUACAAUACAAGAUUAUAAUCAUAUGGAAAUUGAAUCAUCAACCAACGAAUGUCGUAAUGCUGAUGAAUGCCAUUGUGGUAAUGAUCAACCAAAAAUAAUGCAAGAAAUAUGUAAAUAUCGUAACUGUCCCAAGCAGUUAAAAUGUCAUGAUCCAAUCCAGGCACCAGGAUUUUGUUGUCCAAUAUGUGCUACAAGCAUAUUGAUACGAUUGAAAAAACAAAGAAAAAAUUCUGGGAAUUCGCCAAAUACCGAAUGGUUUGUUUAUCGUACGAUUGGUCGACAUUUGGAUAAAUUAUAUCAACGUAAAGAAUCUUUGACGGAUAUUAAAAAGAAUGUUAAUCUUUACAUUCAUUGGCUUUAUGAUAAUAGUAUCCAUGUCAUCAUAUCACCAAUGUUAGUGGGUAAAAAACAACGACGAACCAAUCCAUUAAUUGAUUCCGAUGAAAAUGGUCGAAAAUUGCUGGAAAAAUUGUCCAAUGAUGAAUUAUUAUCAAAAUUAACGAAAAUCACAUAUCGUUCAAGCCGGGAUUGGAUCCAAGAUUCUCAGUUAUUCAAUUCAUUUAUAUUGGCCAUAUUCAUGUUGAUUUUAUUGAUUGGAUUUUUUGGUUUUCUCGCCAUUUAUAAUUACAUUCAACGGAAUCGUAUGGAUCCAGCUUUUACAUUUGUACGUUUUCGUUCGGCUGCUAGUGAUGUUGAAAUGGAAUUAGAUAAUCCUGGUCUUUCGGAUUGUCCCAAUGGAUCCUCGUCAUCACCACCACUACCAUCAUCAUCAUUAUCGGCGAGGAAUUUUCCAAAUUUUCGAAAUAUAAUACAGAAAAUGACUACCGAUAUUGUAACAUGGACUACACGACAACAGCAGCAGCAGCAACAACAACAACCUAGAUCAAUGCGUUUACGAAACGAUAAUGAUGAACAACAAAGAGAAUUUGAAAAUCCUAUUGAAGAAUUGAGUGUUCCAAAUACAUGA